UCUAAUUCGGGAAUGGUUCCAUUAGUAUGCAGAACUGCACUCUAGAUAGGAGUAUAAAAGGCCUGGAGUAGAAUGCGCCCUGGAUUAGUGCCAGUAUGAAGCUUCUGCAGGCGGUACUCGCGGUCUAUCUCUUCGCGUUUUGUAGUGGAGAACGGCAAAGGUUCGACAACUACAGGGUUUAUACAGUGAGCCCCACGAAACAGGAUCAGUUGGAGGCCUUGAGAACCUUAGAGUCCAAGAGGGACGAUGCCUUAGUUCUCAAUCAUCUCCACUUGGGACCUACGGAUUUUCUUGUAGCUCCCGGCUACAAUGAGAAGUUUUUGGAGCUCUUGAGCCGUUUGGAUCUGGACGCUGAACUAACAGAUGAGAACGCCCAGAACAGUCUCUCCCUGGACAUCGAACCAGUGGCCGAUUCUAAUCGUCGAAGCGAUGACUACACCUGGUCGGUGUACCACGAGUUAAAUGACACGCAAAAAUGGAUGCAGAAUUUGGUUGCAAAGUACCCUGAUACAGUCAGCCUAUUUGUGGCAGGCCGGAGCUACGAGAGACGGGAGCUACUGGGUCUGAAAAUUAAUUUCAAGGAUGGCAGGGCCGAAAAGCAGUCCAUCUUCCUGGAGGCCGGUAUGCACGCCAGGGAGUGGAUAGGUCCUGCCACUGCCACCUACUUUGCCAACGAGCUACUGACCUCUCAAAAGCCAGAUAUCAUGACCCUAAGCAAGUCCUAUGUGUGGUAUAUCCUGCCACAUGCCAAUCCUGAUGGCUAUGUCUAUACCCACACCACGAAUCGCAUGUGGCGCAAGACCCGGAGUCCCCAGGACAAGAACUGCUAUGGAACCGAUCCAAACCGAAACUGGGCCUUCCACUGGCGCGAAGUGGGAGCCAGUGAUGAGCCAUGCUCAGAGUCCUACGCCGGACCCAAGGCCUUCUCCGAACCAGAAACGGAAACCCUCUCAAAAUACCUCACGUCCCUGCCGGAGCCGAUGUUCAUGUACCUGUCGCUGCAUUCCUUUUCCCAACUACUGCUCUACCCGUAUGGACACACCUCCAAGCUGCCGGAGAAUCAUCGCGAUCUGGAGCGUAUCUUCGAUGUGGCCGUGAGUGCCGUGAAGCGGCGAUACGGAACUCGCUAUACGGGCGGGAAUGUGUAUGACGCCAUCUAUCCGGCGGCUGGUUCCAGUAUGGAUUGGGCCUACGGGGUGCUGAAGGUUAAAUACUCCUUUUGCUACGAACUGCGACCAUCGGGAUACAGUUUCUGGACCGGCUUCAGGCUGCCCGCGUCCCAAAUAAUUCCCACGGGUCAGGAAACCACCGACUCCCUGGCUGAAAUGAUCAAAGCAGCUGCCACAAUCGAGGGCUAUAAAUUGCAAGAAGCAUAAACAUUUCUAUGUUUAAUUGAUACUAAAAAGAUUAAGUCACUGCUUAAUCUACCGAGAAUCUAUAAUGUUAUUUAUUCUCUCCCAAUCAGAAGAUAAGAAAAAAUCCUCUACCCGAAUCUUUAAACAAAAUCGAUAAGAAAUCUGGUUUAUUUUGGGCUUUGAAACUACACUUUCGAAUGUGGAUUGUCAUUUGAUAAAAAAUGCAUUUUUAAUCUCUAUUGUUUCAUAAAUUUAAUAAAUACAUUUUUUAUUUUAAAUUUCUUUGUUAUCUUAGUUUUAGUAGUUUCAAAGUUAACUAAUCAAAUUUGCUUUUUGACAAGACAGCAUUUGAUGGUCUUAAAAGGAUUUGAAAAAUUUCAAAGAACUGCUUAACAAAAAGUAUUUUAACGGAAACCUAAGACAUUGAUUGAUUUGCUAAGAACCUGGAUUAAAUAAUUUAUAGCUGAUAAAGUCUUUCACCUUUUGAUUUUAAAUAUUCUAUAUUCUAAGCAUGGUUACCUCAUAUUUCCAAAUAAAUUUAUUUAAAAAAGUGA